AUGUCUCAGGUGGACGUUGACCUGGGCGAGCUGUUGGCCGAGGGGCUGCCCGGCCACGUCGCGCUCAGCAUUCGCCAUGUCUCGUCGACCCCGACGCCCUCCACGGCCCUCUUCGCAGCGCCACCGGGUGAAACCCCCGAAUCUACCUUUUGCACAAACCACUUCCUCACCGCAGCCAUUCCCCUAGACCAGUCCGAUGGCGCCGAGGUCAUCGUGUUUGGCAUGGAGGUGUUGGUCUACAGCACCGCCCACUUGACCACCGUAUUCGUGUCCAAGGCCGACUCCACCGGCUACCUCCAUCGACUGCCCACGGCCCCAAAGGUCUCGCUGCUCCGCCGCAUCUCUCAGACCUUUCUUUCCGUUCUGGUCCAGACCCAUCAACGACCGGGUGUCCGACUGCUAGUGUCUUUGUUUGCCCGGGCGCAAAGCCAGUACCUGUUCCCGGGCAGUAUCGACAAUCCCCAGAAGCAUGUCUUAGAUGACCGGGGCUUGAUCAAGUGGUGGUGUCGCGUCGUCGAUCCCAUUCUACGCGAAUACGAGCCAGAGUCGGGCUCGCACCAAAAGGGAUUACAGGACCAUCAGGCCGAGUCCGCCAACAGUUCCGCAACCGCUUUUUUGAUAGUCCCCGGGUGUGACCGGUUUGAAACCAGGGGCUUCUUUCCUGCCACGGCCAAAUCGGACGACAAGGACCGGCCGCGGUGGCUGAAUAGUUACCCCGUUCACCAAUUGUGUGACAAUCCCAACGCGCCUCCGCGGUGCUUGAUUCCCCAGUUUCCGGAUGACCCUAAAACUCGCUUCGUGGGUGACCUGGAUGACGAGCUCCCAAAGGACGCAGAUGUCUCUGGCGAACAUGCAGGGCAGUGGCGAAGCGUUAGGUCUUUGGAGCAGUUUUGGGAGAUGAUGUCUUUCCGACAAGAAUGCUCGGCGGGACGGUUGGUGGGCUUUUUGUGGCUCGUGAUUAAUCCUCCGGGACUGGUGAACUCGGUGCAGAUGACCAGUUCUCGGUCUGUUCUUGAUCUCAAGGCCCAGUCGAUUGGCGAUAGCGCUACCGUGAAGCCGUCCGGUGAUGCUACAUCCAUUUCGGAUCAGGCAUCUACCAGCCUUGAUGCACAAUCGCCGGGCGAGGACAAUACUUCUUCAGCACAGCCGGCUACGGCCGAGUCUGAUUACAAGCCUCCAACUGUCGCUGCUGAUGCCGAUGCGUUUUUCUGGCCAGAGGCUGGGCGAGGACAUGCGGUGCUGAGCGAAGCGGACUACAAAACGGCCAUCGACUUCCUCCUCGUUCAAGACUUUGACACCGAGCAGGUUGCUAUUGCCAGCACCAAGGCCUGGGGCGAGAAGGUUGCCUCGCUGGCGGACCAGCUUUAUGUCGGGCAGCGGGUCGUGGGAAGAAACACCAAGGAUGAAACCUUCCAGAAUACCGUGGAGGUGAACACGCUCAUGACCAGCGGACUCGUUCGGAAGCGCAAGAAGGUCGACACCGAAGUCGAACAGACUGUCAGCAAGACGAGCGAGGUGAAUAACACUGGAGCAACUACGGUGAUUGCUCAGGCAUCUGGUCAAACCUCGGGUGUCAACGUCCUCCAAGCCAGCUUGAUCAGGAAGAAGAAAAAGACAUAG